AUGAGUUCUUUGGCAGUUUUGAUGCUUCUCGCGUUUGCUAUCUCAGCAGACGGCCAACUCAGUGCUAUGUUUGGAAAUCCAAUACAAGCCCCCAACUGCGAGUCUUGGUCUGAAUGGGGCCCGUGCGUAUGGCUGAAGGGAAAGGAGAAGCGAUAUCAACGAUCCUAUUUUGAUCAGCUACUGCCAGGGCGAAAAGGCUGUCGUAAUCAUGUUUUCUUCCGACUCUUGAAAGAUCGAUGGGGAGUUGUAAGUGAUUUUAAUUCGAACUCAGCUCAAUGA